UCAACAUUUGACAAGGAUCCACAAUACUGUAAUGUACAUUUAAGCACGGCUAGAUUUCGGAAGCUUGUAGAAGAUGACGACGUUGCGCAUCACGUGAUCCCCAGACGUCAUUCUCACGUCUGUAGACGACGGCAGCAGGCGAUCAGGAGGCGGAGGAGGAGGAGGAGGAGAGGAGAGGAGAUUACCUUCAUCAACAGCAGCAUGGAGCUUCGGGAGCGCUGCGCUCUCUGACCGCGCGUCUUCACACCCUUUCAGCCGAGACCACUACCCAAACGCACACAUGCAGGUUAUGCCACCCCACAGGCUGACUGCAAACCCAACAGUCAAAGAGAAGGGCUGAUCUCAGACCCCCCCACACUUCUGCUGCUGUGCCCCUCCCUGUCCCCAUGGCGACAGGAGGCUAUGUCCCUGAGAAAGAUGUUUUGAUCAACCUGCAUCAGGUUCUGACUGAGGAGGAGAAGGGCUCCACAGAAGGGCUAGAGGAUGAAGACUGGGAUAGGGCUUUGUCUGUGGAGCGUUUUGGGGACAUCAUUACAGAGUCUGGCACGAAUGGUGCAGACAAAAUGGGUCGCAGCUACAAUGAAAAGGACUUUGAAUACCACCGCCACACGUUCCACCACACACACCACCCACUGUCCACCCACCUGCCCCCACAGCGCUUCAGGAAGAGGGUUCUCAGCAUGGAGCGUCGGCGCAAGAAGAAACGCAGGAAAAAAAAGAUGUCUAUGCCACCCUCUGACGUCACGCCCACCAUCCACGAAGUAGAUGAGGAGGAAUCUGAGCCAGACGUGCAGGGCCAAGACACCACACCCACUGAGCCCCCUGAACAACAGAUGCAGUUUAGUUUGGGAAGUGAGGGGGUGAUGAUGCCAUCUGUUCCUAUCCCCACAUUUCACUUGGAGAAUGAGAGACCAUCGAGCCCUGAACUGCCCAUCACUAGACCUGCAGAAGUACACGAGGAGGAAGUACAUGACAAACAAGAAGAGGAAGAAGAGGAGGAGGAUGAAGCAUCAAAUAAGUUUAGUCCACCUUUAGAGCUAGCCAACAUCCCAACACGGGCCUGGUUCUGCCGGAAACCAGUUCACCGGCUGAGUGGAGCCCAGCGCACCAACUACGACCUGAGAGAACGCAUUUGCAUAGGCAGCAUGACUGCCAUGGAGACUGCCGUUUAUCAAAAAGUACCCACGGACGAAGCAGAAGCUCAGAUGCUCGCCACUGUUGACCUGGAUGACAUGAAGAGUCACCGGUUUGAAGACAAUCCUGGAGUAAGACGACACUUGGUCAAGAAGUCAUCUCGUUGUCAGGUUACUCGGGCAAACAAUGGCUCUCCUUCUCUUUCUAGCCUGAAGAAAAGGAGGAAGAUAGACAAAAAGACACAUGAGGUCUUUGUAGAGCUAAACGAGCUGAUUGUGGACAAGAACCAGGAGAUGCGCUGGAAGGAGACGGCUCGUUGGAUUAAGUUUGAGGAGGAUGUUGAGGAAGAUACGGACCGCUGGGGCAAACCUCACGUGGCCUCACUGUCUUUCCGGAGCCUGCUUGAACUCCGCAGGACCAUCACACAUGGUGCCAUAAUGCUAGACCUGGACCAGACAACGCUUCCUGGAAUUGCUCACUUGCUAGUGGAAACCAUGAUCAUCUCAGACCAGAUCAGAGCUGAGGACCGCGCCAAUGUGCUACGUGCAUUAUUGCUGAAACACAGUCACCCAAAUGAUGAGAAGGAGGGCCGUUUCCACCGAAACCAUUCAAUCACCAGCUUGGGCAGCUUGCGUCAUAAUCACAACCAUGUUCAUGACACAAGCCUGCCGCUUGUGGCCCAGGACCACGACACCACGAAAUCACCAGAGCACGAGAAAGAGAAAAACCUGCACCCCGUUCCUGCAGAGGCACACGCUGCAGCCAGAUCUAUGAAACUGCUGGCAAAGAUCCCCAAGGAUGCUGAGGCCACAGUGGUUUUAGUGGGCUGUGUGGAGUUUCUGGAGCAGCCUGCAAUGGCAUUUGUGCGCCUGAAUGAAGCAGUCCUCUUGGAAUCGGUUCUGGAGGUUCCAGUUCCUGUGCGCUUUAUUUUUGUGCUACUCGGUCCAUCACAGGGUAACAUGGACUAUCAUGAAAUUGGACGUUCCUUCUCCACACUCAUGUCUGAUAAAAACUUCCAUGAAGUGGCCUACUUUGCUGAUGACCGUCAGGAUCUACUGAAUGGAAUUAAUGAGUUCUUGGACUGUAGCAUUGUGAUUCCCCCCUCAGACGUAGAGGGCAAGGACCUUCUGAAGACGGUGGCCUCCUUCCAGAAGCAGAUGCUACGCAAGCGCAAGGAGAGAGAGAAUAAGAAGAGCAUGACUGGAGUGGCAGGACCUAAUCAGGAGACCAAAUAUCUCAGUCAAGAUGAUCAGGAGGAUGAGGAACUGGAGGUGGACCCACUCAAACGCUCUGGGAUACCAUUUGGAGGACUUAUCCAUGAUAUUCGACGCCGCUACCCGCACUAUCUAAGCGAUCUAAAGGAUGCAGUAGAUACGCAGUGUAUCGCCGCUGUGAUUUUCAUUUACUUUGCUGCCCUCUCACCAACCAUCACUUUCGGGGGACUGCUUGGAGAGAAGACUCAAGGUAUGAUGGGGGUGUCUGAGCUCAUUAUCUCGACAUCAGCGGUCGGGGUUCUGUUUUCCCUGCUGGCAGGACAGCCACUGCUCAUUAUAGGCUUCUCUGGGCCUCUUCUGGUAUUUGAGGAGGCCUUCUACAAGUUUUGCCAGUCACAGGGCUUUGAGUACCUCACGGGUCGAGUGUGGAUCGGCUUCUGGCUCAUUUUUAUUGUUCUGGUGAUUGUAGCGGCAGAAGGCAGCUUCCUUGUGCGUUAUAUCUCACCCUUCACUCAGGAGAUUUUUGCCUUUCUUAUUUCCCUCAUCUUUAUUUUUGAGACCUUCUCCAAGCUCUUCAAGGUAUUCCAGGAACACCCUCUGAUGAAGAGCUACCCAGUCUCUCCAGACCCCCCUGUGCAUGGACACACAGAAUCAGAAAAUCUUUUUCAGACUGCAAGUCCUCUUCUAAACCAGCCCAACACUGCCCUACUCUCCCUUGUGCUCAUGCUGGGAACCUUCUUUGUGGCCUUCUUCCUUCGAAAAUUCCGCAAUAGUCGCUUCCUUGGUGGCAAGGUCAGGAGAAUUAUUGGAGAUUUUGGCAUACCCAUCUCUAUUCUGCUAUCUGUAGUCGUGGACCUCUGCAUCCCUGACACUUACACACAGAAACUGAACGUGCCCUCUGGUUUCUCGGUCACAUCUCCCGACAAACGAGGUUGGUUCAUCAACCCACUUGGAGACAAACAGGCCUUCCCCACAUGGAUGAUGGGAGCCUCUGUAGUGCCCGCCCUUCUCGUCUUCAUCCUCAUCUUCAUGGAAACGCAGAUUACAACGCUGAUAGUAAAUAAGAAAGAGCGUCGCUUGUUGAAGGGUUCAGGUUUCCACUUGGAUCUGCUGCUGAUCGUGACACUGGGUGCUCUCUGCCCACUCUUCGGUCUGCCAUGGCUGACAGCUGCCACUGUGCGCUCUGUCACUCAUGUAAAUGCUCUGACAGUAAUGAGCAAAGCUACAGCUCCUGGAGAAAAGCCCAUGAUCCAGGAGGUUAAAGAGCAGAGACUAACUGGAAUGUUUGUGUCCAUACUUGUGGGCAUGUCCAUUGUGAUGACAGAUGUGCUGCGGCAUAUUCCUCUGGCUGUGCUUUUUGGUAUUUUUCUGUACAUGGGCAUCACCUCCCUGACUGGCAUCCAGCUCUAUGAGCGCAUCACACUCAUGGUCACACCUGCAAAACACCAUCCUGAUCACAACUAUGUCACUAAAGUGAAAACAUGGCGUAUGAACAUGUUCACAAUAAUCCAGCUGUUAUGUAUUGCGCUCUUGUGGGUGGUGAAGUCCACUGUGGUAUCCCUGGCUUUCCCCUUCAUUCUCAUCAUGACCGUGCCGCUGCGCAGACUCGUCCUAACUAGGAUCUUCGAGGAGAGGGAGCUGGCAGCUUUGGACGCAGAUGAGGAUUCACCCAAUUUUGACGAAGAUGGUCGUGACGAGUAUAAUGAGAUUCACAUGCUUGUGUAAACCCUGGUCUCCAGUGACAGGAAAAAAACCCUGGGUAAAGGUGACGCUGGCCAUGAUGUGUGAUGAUGAACUCAGAUAAACUUCUUAAGGAUUGUGUAAUGUGUAUAUUCAAACAUUGUACUUAUUCUGUGUAAAAUGGAGAUAUUGAUGCCAGAGAUUCAAAGAAUUUAGCUACUUUGUGUGGUUGUUAUUCCUAUUUAUUUGUUAUAGAAUUUUUACAUUUUUCUUCAUAAGUGGUCUCCCUAAAACUUGACAAUGUCUAGUGUUUCAUAGUCCUUGGUUCAGCACGGUUUACAGCUUUAGCAGCUGUAACACACACACAUUUUACCUCAUGAAGUGUUUGUUAAUGAGCUGAUGAGGUGAGUCUAUUGUGUGAAAGCAGGUGAAUUGCUAAAAUAUAAGGACUCUGGAACAAGGAUCUCUAAACACUACACCAUGGAUCCCACAACGGACCAUGCACCGUGUUGUCAGCCUUUUCACCAGUGGUGUAAGUACUGGCCAGAGAAUCCGAAUGAUUUUCAGUAGUAGUAGUAACAUCCAUCUUAGAACCCAACAGGUUUUAAAAAAAAAAAACAUUCUGUGAGUUUCCUUUUUUUUGUAUGUAGUGUUAUAAAAUGCUGUCAUGAAGACACUAAGUGAGAUUACUUCUGCUAUAUCGUAAUAUUUAAGCUUUUUAUUUAUGUGAUGUUAUUUAUUUGCUGUAAAGCACAAAGUUUUUUUCAGAUCAGCACUUGUUUAAUUUGCAGUGACAUGCAGAUGCCAUAAAAGAAUCAGCAAGAGACAUUAGUAUGGACCCUUAUACUUUCCUAAACUUUUUAUUUUUUGUUCAUGAUAACAUUUGUGUUCACAACAAGUCUUGUAGUUACAUUUUUAUGUUACAUUUGAUUUAUUGUUUUAUCAGAACAGUUAAAGCCAUAGUGUACAUGAUUAGAGUAUAGCAUAUAUACAGAUUAUAAAGUUUAAUUAUAAAAUCAAUCGUAAUCCACUGGCUACCGAACUGUCAGUGUAUAUGGCUGUGCAUAGCAUUAGAGCUAGUAAUGGAAGCGAGAAUGUUUGGCUUUACUUCAUUUUGCUGCCAAAUCAAUAGAUGAGUUCAGAGAGGAAACUUGGCUUUGGUCCCAUCUAUCAAACUUUAACUAGUUUAAAGGAAGUGCAAGACCUUUUAAAACCUACAUUGUUCCACGGCCAACAAAUAAGCAGUUAAAGUUCUUUUAUCUUUUCCUUUAUCUUUUUACACAAAAAGUUCCUCAAAGGACCUCGGAAGCUCUGAGAUGGGUUCGGUGAACUUUCAUCCAUGCUUUUCAUUUGAACUGAAGUAUUAUUGUUUCCUGUUUCAUAAUGGAUUAAAAGACAUAGAUAGUGAAAAAGUUGCCCUUUAGACUGUAAAUAAUCUCCUGACCAGUUUCUGUUGGUUGUGUUACAUCAGUGUGUACUGUAUUUUACCCAAAAGGACAAAACCAGGUUCAGUUUUUCACACACACCGUUCCACAGAUUUUUAUUUAUUUAACUGACAGCUUUUGAGGAUUGUGAAAUUCAAACAUAAGAGAUUACUCUUAAGACCAAAUGCUGCUACCCAUUUAAACAGGUUUGAGACCACACAAAAGUUUCUAGGGUGGUUUGUCCUCAAACAUCAAAAGUGAGCACUGUAUUGAUUCCAAAAGAGUUGGGCAGUAGUUACAGUACAGAUGUGUGAUUAGGGAAAUGGUGACUCAGUGGCUAAGGAUCUGACUUAGUGAUCGGAAGUUUGAAGAAGGACUGCCAGAGAACCCUGAAUAGCUCAGUUCAACUGAAGCCACUUUGGUUAAAAGAAUCUGACAUAUGAAUGAAAAAUUAAGUUAGAGAUGUAUUUCUUUAGAGUAAGAAAAAAUGUGCUCAGGUUAAUGGCUACAUGUUCCUUCAGGUUCUCUGGUUUCUCCCACAUCAAGAAAACCUGCCAGUAUGGUUAUAUGCUUCGUGACUCCAAAUUAGCUGGUAUGGAUGAGCAUGUAAAAGUGCAUGGAUACAGUCCUGGACUGGUGCCUCAUCCAGGUUAUAUUCCUAUUUCACAACAAGAAUUCUUGGAUUAGACUUGAUCUUUCAUCAAGAUAAAGUGGUUACUGAAGAUGAAUGAAUCAAUUCUUGAAGUUCCAACACUGCCAUUAUGUGGUUUGUUUUCUUUAAAGAUAUCACAUAUAUGCUGCAUAUUUAAUGACCACAUGGGUCACAAACACUUUACUGUAACUUUACAAGUGACUUGGUUUCCUCUUGACUUUUGUUCUGUAGACUAAGCCAUAUUGUAUUGUGGCUGUAAUAACGUGUCUGCAGGCAGCUGUAAGAAUGACGCCAAUGGCACGAGUGCUUGGACACGGACUUGUAAAGGAAUGGUCUGAAUCAACAGAGAUGGAUAGGGAACAAAAGGAGCUCUUAAACAGGCAUAUAUUGUCAUGAUGGCUGGCAUUUCUUAGGUAAUUGUGGUUUCCAAGACUGCAGACUUGUUGCUUAUUCAAGCAGACUAAUAAUCUGCAGGGCUACUGUUCAAUGGGGAUGUUUAUAGGCUCGCUCAAUGCUGGGAGAGAAUACACCUGUGCAGGCUGGAAAGUCACAGAUACCUGUUCUUUAAACAUUUUACGGGCCAUAUUGUGUGUUCAUAGUGUGUGUGCAGUGUGGACAGGUGCAGGAAUGAUAGGAAAUAGAAAGUUAAAAUCAUUGUCUGUAAGUGAAUCCAAAGGUGUUUGGGUAGUAUGUGGUUUUUCCGAUAUUUGGAUCACGAUAAAACAAAGAAGGUUCUAACUGACUAAUGCCACCCCAGUUGCUUAACCUAACCACCUCAUCCCAUAAAUGAUGUGUUUGUUUUUGUGUUACAUUAUGUCUGUUCAAUUUUUUCAUAUUUAUUGCAUUUGACACUCAAUGUGUGCUUUACUUUCCAAAAAGCCCCACUUAGAGGCAAGUUAAGACAGUGAAAAAUGGAUGAAGUCAGAUUUUAUUAAUUCUACAACCAUUCUUCUGCAACAUAUUCAGCUCUUAGAACUAAGGAGCAAACCACAAUUUUAUUGAUGUCUAAAUAGUACUUUUGAUUCAUUGUGGAAAAAGUAAACAUAGAAUGUGUGGAGGGUUUAAUGGAAAGUCCUUUUUUUUUUUCAGAAGCAUAUUUUCUACAUUUUCAUUUACAUUUUUAAACAGUCAGUGUUGAUAUACAGGAUGGUCAACGGAUAUAAAAGUCUGCAUUUCAUUUGCAUUAAUAAAUCGCAAGGUUUUUUUGUGGAAAAAAAGCAAAGAUAAAUCAUGUCAGAUCUUUUUCCACUUUUUAUGUGAAAUUACAACAUAUAAAAUUAAUAAGAAACGUAGAAAAAAAACUGAAAAAAGGUUAUGAUAACUUGGCUGCAUAAGUGUGCACACCCUAUUUUAAUUAUGGAUGUGGCUGUGUUCAGAACAAACCAGUCCCAUUCAACCAUGUUCUAAAAUAAUUAUCAUACAGCUGUCAUCAUUGAAAUUUUUCUGAUUAACCUCAAAUAAAUAUCAGCUGUUCUUUAUUGUUGGUUUCAUCUCAUAAUGGCGAUCAUGAACAAAUUCAAGAAAAUGGAGCACCACUGUGACAUAAACAAGAACAGGAUGUCUCUCUAAAAUAAAUAAUAGGACAAGAAAAAAACUUACCAGGAAGGUUGCCAAAAGAGAUUUGGCAGCAUUUAAGUAGCUGCAGGAACAUCUAAAAAGUACUGAUUACUCUCUGUAUGUGACAACAAUCUUUCAUAUUCUUCACAUGUCAUGAGUAUGUGAUCGGGCUGCAAGAUAGAAGCCCUUUUCUCACAAAAGGCUAAACUAAAUCAUUCUGUGUAACGUGGCAAAAUAUGUUAGAGCCUGAUGAGACCUAUUCCAAAAUUUUCAUAAUUCCAAAAGGUAGGUUUGGUGCAAAAAACCAUCACCUAAAGAACAUGCUGGUGGCAUCAUCAUACUUUAGGGCUGCUUUUCUUCAGCCAGAUCUGUGGCUUUUGGUACAGUGGUGGAAAUCCUAAAUGGCUACAAGAAACAAUUUUGGUGCACAACCUUAUGGUGUCUACUAGUAAGCUGAAGAUGAAAAGGGAUUUCACAUUUCAGCACAAUGACCCAAAGCAUCCAUUCAAAUAAAAAAUGAAAUGAUCUAACCAGAGCCCAGGCCCGAAUCCAGCUACAAAUAUUCAGGGUAAUCUGAAGCAGGCUGUACACGCAAGAGAUGCCCUUGAGGUGUUUGGAAUGGCGAGGUGUAAAUCAAAUGAAAAGGUGCUUCAAAGUAUUAGUGUAGGCGUGAACACACUUACGCAACCAGGCUAUUGUACGUUUUUUUAAAUGACCACAGUUUAAAAAAAAAACAAAAAACAAAUAAAAAACAAUACUUUGUAAUUUCACACUGAUGAUGGACUAAAAAUAUCUUGAAUAUAGUCAAAUUUAUCUACUAUUUCCUAUAGGAUUACAAUAAACCAAAUAUGAGUUUCCUAUAUAUUCUAUAUAUUUUUUUCUCUUGUUUUGUUUCAUUGGUAGACAAUUUUGUUAAUUGUAAGCAUUUAUUUUUUGAAAGAUUAUUGAUUAAAAAUAUUUGCCAAUAGAAUAACAGAAACUUUAAAAUAAACUCAUAAACAUUAAUAAUCUUAUAUUGGGUUUAUCGCAAUAUUAUAAUCUGAAAUAUUAAAUUUGUUUGAUUAUAUUCAAGAUAUUUUCAUGUUACAAGAUUAUUUGCAAUGUAGAUUCUCAAAGCAAAUUUUGUUGUGUGAUUCUGUGCCCUAUGAGAGGAAAUGUUUUUACAUACCAUAUUUUUAAACACACAUUCAAUACUGUGAAAUCUGAAGGAUUUUCCUUUAUACAUAAAGGUUAAAAUUACCAUAACUCAUUGAGAUGCUUAUGAAUGGCAGAGCUUCAGAUAACUUCCGUCAUCAUUCUUACAUGUUAUUAGAGAUGCACUGAUGUCUUUUAUCUUCUUCAGAACAAGUAGGAGUUGUGCAUGGUACGGUUGAGCUUGUUUUCUGAUACUCUGAGAUAUUGAUACUGAACCUUAGAACUUAGUAUUAAGUGAUCAGGUGCAUCGUGGAAUAUAGGACAUUAUUUGCUGCCAGCAUUAUACUUCUUAAGAUGUUAAGGUAUUUACGCAGUUUCUUUAAUAGAGAGCUUGAUGGUAGCUUGAGUUGAGUGCUCAAAGCUAUACUACACUUAUAAUUCAAGUGUCAAGUGAGCUCAAAGAAAUAAAGUGUUCUCAUAUGUAACAGUUCACAUCAUCUUGAGCUCAUUGAUAAUGAGCACACUUGCUGAUAAUGCUGUGCAUCCUCGGGUCAGAAACCCUUUUGCUCUUUAUUGAAGAUACGGUUUAAAUGCUGUAAGAUAUUUGAUCAGAUUAUUUGUGUUGUACAAUAAUAGUUUCUUCUGUAGUUUCUUCUCUUGAUGCACCAAUUAGUCUUAACAUUAAAACCAUUGAGAGAUGACAUAAUAACAUUAAUUGUUACAUUACAAUGGCACUUGCCAAAAGGGUGGGACAUAUUAGGCAGCAAAUGAACAGUCAGUUCUCAAAGUUGAUGUGUUUGAAGCAAAAAAAAAAUAAAAAAUGGACAAGCAUAAGGAGUAAUUUUGACAAACGGCAAAUUAAAAUGGCUAGACAACUAGGUCAGAAAUCUCUAAAAUGGAAGGUUUUGAAAGUUGUUCCUGAUAUGCAGUGGUUAGUACCAACCAAAAAGGUCCAAGGAAUGACAAUCAGUGAGACAAUGACAGGGGGCACACGGCUCACUGCUACAUGAUCCCAGGUCUGAGGCUCUGGGCUAUUUUCUGCUGGGAAACCUUGAGUCCUUGCGUACAGGUUAACAUUACUUUGACACCUACAAUUUGACACAUACCACUUACCUUCACUUAAAUUCCUGGCAACUGUAUUUCCUAAUGACAGUGGACUCUUUCAGCAGGAUAAUGAUCCCUGAAACACUGCAAAAAUGAUUUAGGAAUGGUUUGAGGAACAUGAUAAAGUGUUCAAUAUGUUGUCUUGGCCUCCAAAUUUCCCAAAUCUCAAUCUUACUGAGCAUCUGGUGGAUAAACACUUACGAUUCAUGGAGGCUCAAACUCACAACUUAUAGGACUUAAAGGUUCUGAUAUCACACUAUCAGAUGUCUUGUGUUGUCCUUGCCCUGAUGGUUUAGAGCUGUUUUGGCGGCACAAGGAGGGACCUACACAAUAUUUAUAGGUGGUUUUAAUGAUAUGGCUAAAUGGUGUAUAUUUGCAGAGUGCAGUUUGCAGCCUUCUUUGCUUUGAUUGCUAUCAUUAAUCACAAAACGCAUUCAAAUCUCUGUCAAUUUGUGUUUGCUGUCCAUAAGUGUAACAAAGGACAGUACAGAUAUGUACCAUUACAGGUAACAGCCUUUUUUCCAAUGGGCAACCAAUAUCAGAUAGCAGUAUCGACACUGAUCGAUCCCUACAUAUUAAAAACAUUUUUUCUUUAUGUACCAUAAACCUUAAACAGAUGCCACUUCUUCAUAGCACUUUUAAAGCAUAGAAGAAAUGAUUUUAUUGAGACAUUGUGGUCAGUGCUAACUUAGUAAAUAGGUUUUAAAAAAGGUGAAGUUAAUAAUUGAUCAGACAAUAGUUUAUUUUAUUAUAAUAUUUGUUUAUUGCAACCUUUUUAUACACCAGACUCUCACAUCCAGAGGCUACAUAAAACUUGAUUACCUAAUUCAAGUGGAAAAAACAUUUACACCUGAUCAAUAUAAGGGGCUGCUCUCAGCAAAGACAAUGAAAGGUUAUCCUUUAUAAAUGUUAAUGAAAAUACAUCACUUCAUACCGAUGUAAUAUUUUGGUUUGUAGCAAAUUGACUUGACUGUAAAAUAUUGUCAAACGUAUAAAUAUCACCUGAUAGUUUCCAUUAUUUUGGAGUGUAAUGCAUAUAAUGUAUAAAUGUUUGCUUUCUAUACCUUCAGCACCCAUGUGUCCAGUUAUCCUUAAAUCAUGUCUAACUCUUGUCAGUCCCAAACAGACCAUUUGUAUAACUCAAUGUUGCCUUGUUGUAACUAUGGUAAGAGGUAUAGUUUGUCAAAAAAGGCAAACACGUUCUUAUGAUACGUAACGUAUGACUUUAGUUUUAGCAAUACUGAAGGAAAUAAUAAUGUCAUGUGGAUAUUUUAAUAGCAGUAGAAAUGACUAUUACUGUAAAAAUGUUUUCGAACCGCUAUAAAACAAAUUGUUAUUUUUUUGUCUCAAAAUAAAUAUUUAUGUGUUUCAA